CGCGGCUCUGGUCGCAGCCGAGCAGAAAUGGCACGUGCAGUUUUCCCGAAAUGACCCUGCGCUGACAGUUUCGGUGGCACCACGGCGGCGGCGGCGACCGGCGACGAGGCGUGAACUCACCCGAUUUCGCAGCAGAGCAGGCACGUGCUCGAAGCUUCCAGUCCGCCAUGCCCCAAGCCACCACGGCCUCAGCCGCAGCGGCGACAGCGAGGCUCCCCCGUGAUGCCCUCCUCCGCAUCGCAGCGCCGCUCCGCGAGCCCCUCGCCGCUGCGCCCUACGAGCCCCCCGCGGGCUCAUCCGCCUCCGUCAAGUCCCUCCUCGCCUCUCUCCUUCCUUCCGCUUCCCCGGCCCAGCCCCAGCCCGGGGCGGGCAAGGAGGCAGUGGACCUGCUACUCUUCUGCGCCGCCGUCCUCGCGAGCUCUCCAGAGCACCCCGCACUGCACUGGGUCCCGGCGGGCCUUGCGGGGGCGGCCGCCACCGCGGUGGGGGAGAUGGCGGCGGCGGGUGGGUGGGGCAGCGUCGGGGAGAUGGUGGUGGCAGUGAUGCCGGAGGUGGUGCCUCCUCUCAAGACCAUGGUGAAGGACUCGUGCGUUGACGCUGACAACGACGAGAUUGGGGCUGUGAAGCCGCCCAAGGAGCAUGCUGUGGUCUCCGCGCACCAGUUCCGGUGGCUGGUGUCUCAGGUUUGUUACCCUAAGCUUGGUGAUUUGUGUUGGUUAGUCAUUCCAUGUGCUCUGACAACCUUGGAUCAUUGGUCACCAGAAGUUAAGGAACAGGGUAUAGUUGGUUUCAUACACAUAGCGAAGAACGUGAAAGUAACCGAAUUAAGUUUGUAUGAAGAUGCCAUACUUGAUGCAUGCUGCCAUAACAUUCCUGCCGACAAUGAGUUAUGGUAUCGUGUUGUUGAGGUAUCUGUGCUAUUGUUAACAUGCACUCAGCGAAGUAAUCCCCGUAGCCCCUGGUAUGAUCGUAUGCUCAGUGAGAUGUUAGGCCACUUGGAACGGCAACCACUAAAUAAAGAACGCCGUGUUGCAUGGCUGACCCUUAUUGGGCCAAUUUUUGAUGCUAUGGGCCUCUUCUUAUUGGCUCAUUUUCGUCGCCUUUUUUCGCUCUUUUUCCAGUGGAUGCAUACUGAUGAUGAUAUGACAGUUCUUCUGGUUUUGGAGCAAAUGCAUGCCAUCAUCAAGCUUACCUGGAUUAGGAAAUCACCUUAUACUUCAAGGCUGGUGGAUGAACUUGUUCUCUUGUAUAAAGAGUCAGCGACAAGGAGCAGCCGUGAGGUCAUACGAACUCAUAUCCUGGAAAUGCUUGUACUGCUUCAGAAUUGCAAGGGACAACAAUUUGAGGAGGCUUGGAAGAAGCAUGAACUUGACCCAGACUUGACAAUGCUGCUGUCAACUUUCAAUCAGCUUUGUAUAAAAAAUAGUUCACCUGGAUGUUGAGUUGAACUAGGUAUUCUCAGUCACUCAGUGUACCAUUGCUAUCCCGGCUGGCUUGGCUGAGGUUUCUUCUUGGUUGUAAUGCCGCGGCGGAGUUUUUCUUUUUUUAAUUCUGCCAUUCUGGUCUACGGAACGAAAUCAGCUCUGAUUCUUGUGGCAAAUCCCAUUCAAAAUUUUGAAGUAUCCGUAGGGGCAACUGGGGCAUCGGGCAUGGUA